AUGCGCGCCAUCACCAUCACCUCGCCCGAUGGCAAGUUCGGCAAGCCCGGCCAAGUCUACUACCCGCUGGCGCUGCGCGACGUGCCCCAGCCCACGCCGCAAGGCAACGAGCUGCUCAUCCAGAUAACCGCGGCGGCGCUCAACCACCGCGACCUGUUCAUCCGGCAGCACCUGUACCCGGGCGUCUCGUUCGACACGCCGCUGCUGGCCGACGGCGUGGGCACGGUGGUCGGCGCGGGGCCCGAUGUCGCGCACCCCGAGACCUGGCUGCACCAGCGUGUCGUGCUGAACCCCGGCUUUGGCUGGCAGGAUAGCCCCGACGGGCCCGAGACCGCGGCGGGCUACGCCAUCAUGGGCGGCACGUGGCUCACGCCCAAGGGCACGCUACAGGAAUUCAUCGCGCUGGACGCCCGCGAGGUCGAGCGGGCGCCCACGCACCUCAGCGACGCCGAGGCCGCCGCGCUGCCGCUGACGGGGCUCACCGCCUGGCGCGCGCUGGUCACCAAGGCCGGCGAGCGCAACUCGCGCGCCGGCGCGGCCGUCCUGAUCACGGGCAUCGGCGGCGGCGUGGCCCUGAUGGCCCUGCGCUUCGCCGUCGCGCGCGGCGCCGAUGUGUAUGUGACCAGCUCGAGCGCGCAGAAGCUGCAGCAGGCGCGCGACCUGGGCGCGCGCGGCGGCGCCAACUACAAGGAAGCGGGGUGGGAGAAGCAGCUGCUGGCGCAACUGCCGCCCGGCAAAACGCACUUUGAUGCCAUCAUCGACGGGGCCGGGGGAGAUGUGGUGGACAAGGCCGUCAAACUGCUCAAGGCUGGCGGCGUGCUCUCCGUGUAUGGCAUGACGGUCGGGCCCAAGAUGCCGUUCACCAUGUCGGCGGUGCUGAAGAACAUUGACGUCAAGGGCUCGACGAUGGGCUCGCGCAAGGAGUUCAGAGACAUGGUGCAGUUUGUGGCCGAGCAGCAACUCCACCCGAUCGUGUGGCGGGUGGUUCAGGGCCUCGAUAACAUCCAAGCUAUCGAUAGUCUCUUUGACGACAUGAAAGCCGGAAGCCAGUUCGGAAAACUGGUUAUCCAGAUUGCGAACGGCGGCGGAUCUGAAAGUAAGUUGUAA